CAGAAGUCUAAACAGCAGCAGACCAUCACUUUGUGUUGAAAAAGGCUGGAAGCAUGACUCCGUUCUUCGGCGCCAUUUUCAUGCUCGGCCUUCCAUCCCUGAUGGCCGCCGCCGCCAACUUCACUCAGGUCUUUGAGUGGCCCUAUGUAUUGGACUACGAGUGGCCUUCGGAAGCGAGAAGGGCUCAAGCCUUGGAAGAUGGAACUUUCAACCCAGCGAAAAUUCAUCCUCGUUACAUGGCUGUCUACGGAACAAGGCUUUUCCUUACUCUGUAUAAAGAAGAUGGCGUUCCGGCGACUUUGGUGUCUUUGCAAACGAGCAGCGAGUCCUCUGAGCCCCCGAAGCUCACUCCAUUCCCUUCUUGGGACAUGCAUCUUAAUGGUUCAGGAAACUGCAACAAGAUUCAGGGGGCACAAGGGCUGGAAGUGGACUCCGUCGGCAGGCUGUGGGUGCUCGACCAGGAAAGCUCCAAUUCCAAUUGCAGUCCCAAACUAUGGAUUUACAACUUAAACAAUAAUGAAACAGAACUCAUUCAUCCAUUUUCUUUUCACGACCAUUUUUUGCACGACUUGGUUAUCGACGAAACGGCCAAUAACGAAACCUUUGCCUACAUCGCAUUGUGGUUGAGAAAACACAUUGUCGUGUUUAGUUUGGAAAGAAACCAGUCUUGGAUAGUGGACAUGAUAGAAGUCAAGGUGAAUUCCAUUGCCCUGUCCCCUAAAAAGGAUCAGGAACCGAGACAGCUCUACCUUGGCAGAUCGGGCUUCAAAGAACUGUAUUCGAUCCCCGUCGCCGAACUCCACAACGGAACUACAACUGCAGAACCGGAACUAAUCGCAAACUGGACUGCAUAUAAUUCGUAUAGGAUGCUGAUGGACAACCACGGCACCUUGUACUCCGGCUUUAUGUAUGAGAAUUUCACUUCCACUUGGAACACUUCCCAGCCAUUUAUGGAGCAACCUUUUCAUCAGGUGGCUGGACUGAGAUCUUCCUGGCCGCUUACUUUUGCCUUGGACCAAAAUGGAACUUUUUGGAUGGCAGCGUUUAAUAACGUGAGAAUUCCAAAAUUCAGGCUUUUGAAGGCUCCAGUUGGUGCAAAAUCGUACAUCUACGAGGUCUCACCGCAGAAUCACGAGAGUGAUACUGCCUAAGGUCGGGAAAGCGGAUGGAAGGGAGACCCACCCUGACUGCGUCCACGGCACCUGCGACCAACCCUGGGAGGGCACCUGGCCACCCGCCUUCUUCCGUGCAAAAAACCUCAAAAACGAUUGUAGACUUGGGUAGAGAUUUUAGUUGGAUAUUAAAAGUUUUCUGGGAAAUUA